CAAGUUUUGAUAUAUAUGAUCAUAUUCAAUUCAAAUCCCAAAGCAUUUGGCAUUGAAACCAUCGUGUUGUGCUGUCCUGUGAUCAUAUCAUGGCAUUCGCCGGGAUUGAAGGGGGAAGCACUCAUUCCACUAUUGUCAUACUAGACUCCGAAGGAAAAAUACUUGCUGAGCAUGAAGGUCCUUCUAUCAACAAAUGGCUUGAAGGCAUUGACGUCAGCCUCGCCCGGCUGCGUAAGAUGAUCACUGAGUGUCGACAAAAAGCGGGAUUGGACCCUGACGCCUGUUUGGCAUCUUUGGGUUUGUCACUGAGUGGUGUCGAAGGCCCAGCUUCCAUCAAGGAAUAUGAAGAGGGAUUAGCUGACAUAAACUGUAACCAUUUGUAUGCCUGUAAUGAUGCGUUUGGUCCAAUUGCAACAGUUACAGAUCAAGGUGGCGUGGUAGUCAUAGCAGGUACCGGAUCGAACUGUUACCUUCUGAAUCCAGAUUCAACGUGGGUUAGAUGCGGUGGCUGGAGUUACAUGCUUGGGGACGAAGGCUCAGCUUAUUGGAUCACCAGGAGGGCUUUGAAGAUACUCGUCGACCAUGAUGAGGGCAUGGCACCUAUCGACUUGGAUCUAGAUGUUGCUGGUAAUAUCACGAAAACCUUUUUUAAGAUAGAUUCGCGGGAAGGUCUCCUCCCGUAUCUCUACACGAAUUUCGACAAAGCGUUCAUGGCCAAGAUGUGCAUAGAGUUGGCAAAGGGUGCGAGAGACCAGGAAGACGCGCUGUGUAAGAGGGUGUUCAGAGAGGCUGGGAGAUACUUAGGAAGACAUGUGCAGGCUGUUGUCAGGAAUAACAAAGCGGACAAGUGUCUUCUUACGGCUGACGGUGGGCUGCAGAUUGUUUGUGUAGGAAAUGUCUGGAAAAGUUGGGACUUGUUAAUCGAAGGUUUCAAGGAGGGGAUACAACCGAUCUACCAGGAGGAUGUAACUGUACAAGAAUUUAGCUUGAUUCGGCUGACCACAUCUGGUGCGAUAGGUGCAGCAUGUCUCGGAGCUAAGGCGGCGAAAAAGAUUAUAGACAUCAACUAUAGAGAUUAUCACGAAGUAUUUUAUCAUCAUAAAUUCUAGAAAUCAACCCCGUCUUGAAAUUCUCCUAUGGCAGAGGAACUAAAUUUCCCUCUGUGCAGCAGCCAAAGCGAAAGGUCUAUGCCGUGCACUCUUCUGAUGGGCCCGUAGUCCGGCUAAUUGGGAGUAGGCACUCUGACACAUGUUGCAUCUGUAUGGCUUUUCGCCUGAAAGGAUAAGAAGAGAAAUCAUCAUUAAA